AGUACAGUUGACCUGCAUCUCAUCUUCACCACCCACAAUCAUUCCUGCAAAGCAACGGCCAGGAGCCUUCCAAGUUUGAACCUAAUUGUUAAUAACGACUUCAACUCCAACUUCCAUCUCUUCAUCCCAUCAGCAACAUGUCUACUCUCGACUCCACCACCAUUCGUCCCACCGCCUACGGCUCCGACACCGAGAGCGACGGCCAAGCAUCCGGCGGUCGCAAGAUUUCUCCCAACUCCAAAGUCGGCCCUAUUCCUUCUUCAGCAUCGCUCAGCCGGCCUGCUGGAAACAUCAUCAAAGGUCCUGUUGACGACAACGGCAAGCAAAAGGACGCCGCAUUGUUGAUCGGUAUUAAGCUUGAUUUGGAGGCCGAGAUUCACUUGACGGCACGAAUUCGCGGAGAUAUUACAAUUGGAUUGUACUGAGUUGCUUUCAUUGGACUAUGGACAGUGGUUGGCGUCAUGGCCAAGGCUCUAUAGCCGAUGCGGAUAGAGCAAACCACAAGCUUCGCGGAUUGACGGGAUCAAGUAGAACCAUGGACUCCACUAGAGACCACUGUGGAAAUAUCCGAGGCACGGAAGCCGUUGCGAUGCGAAUGAUAUACUUCUUUCCUUGACUUGA